UCAUUUGAGAUGCUUCCGUUGACUGGGAAAACAAUAAUAUUUGAUAGCUUUCCCGAUCCUUCAGAUACUUGGGAAAUAAUUGAGACUAUUGGCAAAGGAACAUAUGGAAAAGUUUUCAAGGUGUUAAAUAAGAAAAAUGGCAGCAAAGCAGCAGUCAAAAUUUUGGAUCCUGUUCAUGAUAUUGAUGAAGAAAUUGAAGCUGAGUACAACAUUUUGAAAGCUCUCUCUGAUCAUCCCAAUGUAGUCAAGUUCUAUGGCAUGUAUUAUAAGAAAGAUGUGAAAAAUGGAGACCAGCUUUGGCUAGUUCUUGAGCUGUGCAAUGGUGGAUCUGUGACUGAUCUUGUGAAAGGAUUUCUGAAGAGAGGCGAAAGGAUGAAUGAACUUAUAAUUGCUUACAUUUUACACGAAGCUCUAAUGGGACUUCAGCAUUUGCAUGAAAACAAAACUAUCCACCGUGAUAUUAAGGGAAAUAAUAUCCUUUUGACCACUGAAGGAGGAGUCAAGCUUGUGGAUUUUGGUGUGUCUGCUCAGCUGACCAGCACUCGUCUCCGUCGGAACACCUCCGUGGGUACCCCGUUCUGGAUGGCUCCAGAGGUGAUUGCCUGUGAGCAGCAGCUAGAUAGCUCCUAUGAUGCCAGAUGUGAUGCGUGGUCACUGGGUAUUACUGCAAUAGAGCUGGGAGAUGGAGAUCCACCCCUUGCUGAUUUGCACCCUAUGAGGGCACUCUUCAAAAUACCAAGGAAUCCUCCUCCAACGCUACAGCAGCCUGAACUGUGGUCACCUGAAUUCAAUGACUUCAUUAACAAGUGCUUGACUAAAGAUUAUGAGAAGCGUCCGACAGUAUCUACUCUUUUGCAGCAUGAUUUUAUUAAGCAAAUUGAAGGAAAAGAAAACAUGCUACAAAGGCAGCUCAUGGAAUUUAUUGAUGUUCAUCAACAAAUGGGAGUCACUGAAAAGGCAAGAUUUGAACGUAUUCAUACAAAGAAAGGGAACUACAGUAAGUCACUAGUUUCAAACCAGGAAGAGGUAGAUGAUUUAGCAACCUUGGAGGUACUGGAUGAGAAUACAGUAACAGAGCAGUUGCAGAAGGGUUACGCCAAGGAUCAGAUCUACACUUAUGUUGGAGACAUUCUCAUUGCUGUCAAUCCAUUUCGGAACAUAGAUAUUUAUUCUUCACAGCAUUCCAAAUUGUAUAUUGGAGCCAAACGGACUGCCAACCCUCCUCAUAUUUUUGCUGUUGCUGACAUAGGUUAUCAGUCCAUGGUGACAUACAACUCUGAUCAGUGUAUCGUUAUUUCUGGAGAAAGUGGAGCUGGCAAGACGCAAAGUGCCCAUCUUCGACUCACUGUCCUGGGCAAGGCUAAUAACAGGACUCUACAGGAGAAGAUCCUCCAGGUGAAUAACCUUGUAGAAGCAUUUGGAAAUGCAGGCACUAUCAUCAAUGAUAACUCAAGCAGAUUUGGAAAAUAUUUAGAAAUGAAAUUCACUUGUGGUGGCACUGUUGUAGGAGCUCAGAUUUCAGAGUAUCUCCUUGAAAAAUCCAGAGUUGUCCAUCAGGCAGUAGGAGAGAAAAACUUCCAUAUUUUUUAUUAUAUUUAUGCUGGUCUGGCAGAAAAGAAAAAACUGGCACAUUAUAAACUGCCAGAAUACAGACCUCCCAGAUAUCUGCAAAAUGAUCAUUUCAGAAUAGUGCAAGAUUUCAUGAACAAUAGCUUUUAUAAAUCUCAGUUUGAAUUAAUUGAACAGUGCUUCAAAGUCAUAGGUUUUACACUGGAGGAACUUGGAAGUGUGUACAGUGUCCUGGCUGCCAUUUUAAAUGUGGGUAACAUUGAAUUUUCUGCAGUGGUAUCUGAACAUAUGAUCGACAAGAGCAACAUUUCCAAUCCAGUAGCCCUUGAGAAUUGUGCGUCCUUGCUGUGUAUUCAGGCAGAUGAACUGCAAGAGGCCCUCACCUCUCACUGUGUAGUGACUCGAGGAGAAACAAUUAUUCGGCCCAACACUGUGGAAAAAGCCACUGAUGUCAGAGAUGCUAUGGCCAAAGCACUGUACGGGCGCCUCUUUAGCUGGAUAGUCAAUCGCAUCAACACCUUACUCAAACCUGACAAACAUUUAAGUGGAAAUGAUGAUGGUUUGAACAUUGGAAUUCUGGAUAUCUUUGGCUUUGAGAAUUUCAAAAAAAAUUCCUUUGAACAACUUUGUAUCAACAUUGCUAAUGAACAAAUUCAGUUCUACUUCAAUCAACAUGUCUUUGCCUGGGAACAG